UGUUGAAUCCGCACAUUUUUAAAAUGUUUUAAAGAAACGGAACUUUGCAUCUAGCAUAUAGAAAUCGUAUUCUGGGGUUAAUACUGCCGCGCUCCGCGGCUUUCCUGGCAAGCAUAUCCGCAUUCUUAUUGCCAAUGUCAGUAGAAUGACCCUUAACAUAUAUAAACUUAGUCUUGCCACCUUUCUCGGUUCUCGAGUCAACUAGCUUAUGAAUAUAUUUAAUAAUUUCUACCCAUUCAACACCCUUUCCGGUCGUUGUUAUCCAACCGAUAUCUUCCCAUUUCUUCCUGUACGUUGUGAUACAGUCAAUCGUAUAUUUUGAGUCAGUGUAUAUAGAAAUGUCAUCUGUUCCGAGAGUAGUGCACAGCACGUACAGCACAGCACACAGUUCUGCACGGUUGUUAGUGUUUUUCCCAACUGGAAGUCUCGAACUAAAGUUUAACUUGUGUUCAAGUCCAUAGUACACACCUAUUCCGCUAGAUGCAGUAUCCUUUCCGUUAUUGAUACAGCUUCCAUCAGUCCAUAUUUUCAUAUAUUGGUCCAUAUUUACAUGGUACUCGUAGUGAUAAAGCGCAACAGUAGUUGCCAUAUCACACGAGCAUGAACGGUUCGCUAUGGUAUUCUAUACGACAUUAUUUGAGAAAGCUAUCGCAAAUGCACCAGACUUUAGAUUCGGACUAUACGAGCUAAUUGAUCCGAUACACGUAUCGAUUGUUGAACAUCUUAUAUGGGGCAAGAUAUCAAUGACAGAGAGACAGUGGCACAGAUAUUUGCAUCCACGAAGACUCGUACCAGGAUGCGAAGACUGGAUCGCUGAGAAAAUUGCAAGCGGCCACACUGUUAUGCUAGUGGGCAAGGAUACAGAUCUCCUCAUGAAAGGAAUUAAGGAUCCUGUAUGGUACUAUAAGAUUCGUGAUUUUAAUGUACCAUUAUCGGUGUGGCUAGCCCCGGUGAACAAAGACGCGCAAGACUCUAGAACACCCCGUCUACCUAGACGGAUAGUGCCGCCACUGAGGUACAAUUCGAUGUAUAUACACAUGCAAGACAGUUGGCUCUUGUUUGCACCGAUGUUUCAGAGCCGGUUAAUGCUCUGCGAGAUACGUCUCAAGCG